GUGGCCAUGGCCUCCCUUUUCGGCAGAAGCAAGACAUACUGUCUUGUUCAAGAACCUGGAAGCGAUUGAGAUAUGCAGUGAAGAACAGGGCGGAUUGACGAGUGUAGCUGCGAGCGUGAAGAGUGAUGUCCUGAUGUCUUUGCCCACAUGUAGAAUAAAACGCACGACCACAGAGGAGGAGGACUCUGUCGAUGUCAUAGUCAUAGUCGGGAGAUAACGAUAAGUACGCAGAGAGGUGAAACCUGGGUGCUAUGAGUUGUAACAAUAUUGGACGAGAGGGACGACUACAAUUCUUUGCCGGAAAAGAACAAACAAUUUCGCUGAUCUACAUCUUGUUCCUGCGCAGUACAAAAAUUUCCCUCCAUGUUCUUGUUCGGACCCAGAGUUAAUGUUAAAGUCUCUCCCGUGGAGAUCCUUCUUUUCGUGCAAGAUGAACUUCAACUUCGCAACUGAUUCGUACCUAUUCGUUUGCUAGUCAUGUUAAUUUCGGCAUGACGAAUAGAAGUACAACAGAAAAAAAAAAAACACCACAAGCUGUUGAGGACAACAAAGUUAGGCGGCUCUGAUUGAAGAAAUAGAAAUAAGCUGCGGAAUUUCUUCUGAUUCUAGAACGGCCCCUCUUUAAUAUUUCUAGCGAGCGGAUUUAUUACUCCAGCAGAAAAAAGCAUCAACCUUACUCUGCUCAACCUGUAAUCAUCCGCUAGCGAGCAGGGACUACCAGCGGGUAGAAAUUUGAAGCGACUUAUUAAAAGCAAACAAAAGUUUCUGCCAGCAACAGCAUCUACUCCAUUGUGGCCCUCCUCCUGUUGCUCGUCCUCUCGGGGGAGCGACGAUAGAACAUCAAGCCAUGGCGUGUUGCGUGUCUCCGAACAAUAUCAAGUGCAAAUAUGUCUGGGUCUGGAUGAUUCCGAGACUUGUCAUGCAGAUUUUCCAUGAUCCAUGUCGUCUGGAAUGCAGCACGUAGCAUGACAGAUUCUGUGAGAUCCCUACCAUGCCUAUCCUGCAUGCAUGGCAAACCCCCUGCCAACUUGGUCGAAAGGGGACAGCUUUUGGCACCCAUGCAGCACAGAUUUUUGCAUAGUCCAGAAUUAGCAUGACAAGUUGCAACCUUCCAGAGCCAGACAUAUUUGCAAUCCAUAAACAAGAAAGGCAAGCAGCAGGACAGCGGAUCGGAUGCGGACAGUGCGCAAUAUCAAUUGUAAAAAUGUCUGGGUCUGGAAGAAUCUAAACUUGUGAUGCUGUCUCUGGAUUCGAAAAAGAUUUGCAUUGCAUGACCAGUAAGAGGAGUAGAGUUUGUGCUCCGCGGAGAUGGCAUUUGUCAUGCGGAAUAGGCAUGAGGAAGCGCUCUAAAAAUCUGUGAUGCUACGGCAUGCAUCACAGACAUCAUGGGUCAUGGAAAAUAUGCAUGACAAAUCUAGAAAUCUUCCAGACCCAGACAUUUUUACAUUUGAUACGCAACCGCCACAACUCACGAGGCUCCCGAAACCAGAUGGGGAAGUCACGUCGCUUAUGAACUGCAAAAGUAUCGUACUUCUCGUUGUAUAAAUGCAUAUACAAAUUUCCUCAGCAUGAGAAAUAAAAUUUGUAAUGCUGAUUUGCCUUGGGAACAAGAUUUGUGAUGCAAGACUUGCAUUUAUUCGAGUACGAUACUUUUGCGCUGGAUAUCGCUGACGGUCGAAUUCGGCGAACACCAGUCGGAGCGCAGCGCCGUAUGCAUUACAAAAGUAUCCUACUAGUAUAAAUUGCAUGAAAAAUGGAAUUUGCAAUGCGGAUCUGCCUUGAGAAUAGAAUUUGUAAUGCAUGGCUGCAAUUACUAUGAGCGCGAUACUUUUGCACAUGAUACGCCGGCGCUUUCAGCAACGGCAUCGGGGGGUUCAGUGGCAGCAACAACCCGCCGUCCACAAUCCGCGACUCCGCCGCGUUGCAAGCACCCAGCGAAGCCUCGCCCAUCUCGCCCCGGGAACACAACCUGUUCCGCUCCGACCCCGAGCUGAAGGCCGUUCUGGAGAAGCUGGAAACCGUAUGAGGGUGCACAGCUCGUCCUCCUUCCCCUCAUUUGAUGUAAUGCAACAUACCAAAUUCAGGCUGUGGCUGUGCUUCUUGGCACUGUUUGCAUGACAAGUUCUGGUAGCUCAAACAGCAGUACACUCCUGUGUAAAUUUGUCGCGCAAGAAAACCUGCAUUCUUGCUGAUGCUUCUGUUGCUGUUCUUGUUCUUCACACUGUACAAAGGAGGGGGAGGGGGAGUUACUUAUGCACUCGCAUAAACCGUCGCGACCGGCCGGGCGUACCGGAAACUGAAGGGCACCUUCUUAGAGCGGUUCGCGAAGCUGAUCGAGGAAAAAACCAGCAGCGCGUCCUAUCCAUUGCAACAGUGAUGUCGUACCUCUAGUGUAAAUGUAAAUCACAUGUUGACAAACUUAGACAAGGUGUGCCGAUCGUGAGUGGCGCGCAAUUGUUGUGUAAUGCCAUUUUCAGUGCUGUGUAUGCUCGUAAAUUUCACUAAACUCGACUUUGUGUGACGAGGAGGACACAGACACAGCUUUUGCAAAGGAUACCACCUCCGCGGGUGCAACUGCCAAAGCGAGCAAGGCGCACGAGCAAUACGGGACGAAAAUACACGCUCUGAACGAGAAAGCGAAGCAACUAGACGAUCUGAAACAGAAGGGCGACAUCAGCGGUGCUAAAAUAUCGGUAAAGGGAAAAUCGCUACUCGCGGACGUGAAUCCGAAGAUACAUGUAUCCACAGUUAAAUUUCCCCUACACGACGUUCGUACAAAUGCAGUCUCUGCAUGACAAAACUUGCCUUCAAUCCUAGUCUAGCAUGACAAGUUGGACACUGCAAGUUAGCGAAAUUUGUCAUGCAUUUUGUACAUGUAGUACGGGAAAUUUACAUUGCAUAACAUGAGCUGGGCGCCCAGCUCAUGGUCUUGAUGCCCACCAACACAAACGCGGAAGCGAAGUGCGGUUACACCAAGUACCACUUGCUGCUGGAGUUGGUCAAGUCCAGCUUCUCCAUGUAUCAAAUGUAAAAAUGGCUGGGUCUGGAAGAAUGCAACUUGUCAUGCUAAAUCUGAAGCAUGCAAAAAUCUGUGUUGCAUGAUUGCCAAAAGUCGUCCUGUUUAGACCAAGUCGGGAGGGAGUUUCUCAUGCAGGAUAGGCAUGAGAGAGAAUGCAGAGAAUCUGUCAUGCUAGGUCCUGCAGUCCAGGCUUCAUGGGUCAUGGAAAAGCUGCGUGACAAGUCGCGCAUUCUUCCAGACCCAGACACUUUUGCACUUGAUACCAUGUACACAGAAAUGAAAAACGCCGCGGAAAUACUCGAGAACGUACAAAUAUGCAUUGCAAAAGUAUCGUACUCGUAGUAACUGCGGUUAUGCAUGACAAAUCUCUUCCCUAAGGUAAAACAGCAUUUACAAAUUUCAUUUGUAAUGAUGAGCCAAUUUGUAAUGCAAUUCAUACUAGUACGAUGCUUUUGCAUUUCAUAACAGAAAAUCAUGGACGAAACGGCGGGGAAGCAGCUGCUCAGCGAAAUACCCGGCUUUCAGCAACAGGUUGAAAAAUAUUGGAGCUUGUUUCUACUUCUAGGUUUGCGUGAGGUACUGCAUGACAGUAGAUCACGGCGCACCGUAUCUAUUAUUGCCGACGAGAUGAUGAAAAUUUUUUCUUUGGAGCAAAAUUGUAUCACGACUAAGUACGCAUGAUCACCGAAAAAAAAAUGUCAGAUCGAACGGUUUUCCGGGGUGAUGGCAGAUCUGGGACUUUUUGACUUCAUGCUGAAGGCGAAGCAGUUCGCAAACGACGAGGAGGAGAUCAUUUUUAUCGAUCCGAAAACAGGCAUGAUCGGGGAGUUGUCAAGGGCGGUCUUGAACAAGAAUAAUGUCGACUGGACGAGCGCAGCGGCAUAUCCAAGAAAAAAACUGUGUAAUUGUAAAUUUGUGUUGCAGAACAUGCAACAGAGUUACACCUGUCAUGCCAGACAGCCAUGAAGUCCUCUUUUCAUUUGUGCUUUCCCUUACGAGCCACGCAUGACGUGUAGAGCAAACUUGUAAUGCUGUUCCUCCAAAAAAGUUACACCUACAAUGUUUUUUUCUUGCAUACGGUAGCGGACGAGGAGGAAAAGUCCGCACUAGUCAGCAACGUAAAAACCAUUUUGCACAUAUAAAAAUAUUAGCCCUACAGUAUCAAUGACAUCAGCACUCUAUGUUGUACUAAUGAAACUUUAUGUUUUAAUAUAGCUCAGACAGAACGUGGUCGGCGGGACGGUGGUAGUACAAUUUUGUUCACAACAAGGAGAACGAUUUGGUGACGUUGCUCUGUAGUUUUUGUACAGAGUGUCUUGCUUUGUGCAACCGUCAAAGUAAACACCAGAAACGGAGCAAAUUGUACGAAGAACUGGAACAGACAGAGUUUCGAUGGACAAGAGGCAAUUGUACGCAAUGAUUUUCACGACCAUGUCGUGCAAACCGUGGCCUCCGGGUCUACUACGCUGGUGGCGUAAGGAGCAAAUGCACAGCAGUAGACACGACCGUUAGAAUACAAAUAUAAAAUUCGUGCCGUUGUUACAAGCUCGGCCUGACAAGAAUCAAUGUAAGAGAACCUUGCUGCGGUGUUCUGAUUUUUUUUAUGCUGUAUCUCAAUCUCAAUUUGCUUUGGAUACUGG